GCUGCUGCCGCGCCGUCGACGUCGACGCAGCGAGCUGUCGCGCAGCAGUAGAGAGUGAGUGCGAUCGAGUCUAGCCGCAGUUAGUAGUCCGCUGCUGCUCUUUCAAUAUGGCGUGUCUCGUCGUCGUGCUGUCCGAUCUCGUGUCGUCGUCCCAGAACUGCAGGUAGACGCCGACGCCGGGUCCUAUAUGAAACGAGCGAAGUGCCUCCGAGAAAGCAAAGCAAAUCAGCGCGAUGAGCCUAGUCCAAGUUCCGCAUAAUCAUCCGACUACACUAUGAGUUCCUAACAAUGUACAAUGAACUACGGGCACAACAUGCCAGACUGGCAGCAGCAGCAAUAUAGUACAUUGCAGUCUGGCGAGGCCGAGAGGCACCAGGCCAGUGCCGCCGGUGCCUCGAUCACCCAACAGCAGCAGCAGCAGACGGUGCAACCAGGGGCAGGAAGCGGAGGCAGUGGUGGCCACCUCUACAGCCUCCCCGACUGCCUGAGCAACAAGCCCCAGCAGCCAGCUCAGCAACAGAACGAUGGAAGCUUCUACGGCCGAGGAGCAGCUCAGCAGCAGCAACAGCAGCAGCCGGCGAGUUCACCCAUGGGCCACCACCCGCACAUGUCCGGCUGUCACGGCUACGGACCUGCCGCCAUGGGGGUCAUGGACACUGCUGUCAUGGGCGAGGACAUGCAGCAGCAGCAGCAGCAGCAACAGAGAGCGGUACAGAUGUCCCUGAGCAGUCCCACGUCGAGGAUCGGCUCCGGCGCUGCUAUGCACGGGCCGAGCAUACCCGGUAUGGGCCAGAUCAUGCCACCCACGCCGAGCAUGCCAGCCGCCGCCAGACAGAGCUCGUACGGGCCCUGCAAGGGGGCUUGCUGCCAACCGCCCAAUCCUGCCUACAGGUGGGACAAGAUGAACCCCUACCAGGCAGCGGCAGCGUCGAGCAGCAAUCCCUACCGCGAGAGCGGACACCCAUCGGCGGCCGCCAGUUCGUACGCCUCGUCUCGCUACCGCAGUACCAUUCCCGGCUUUCCUCUCGACCAGCAGCAACAGCAACAGCAAGCCCAACAGCAGCAGCAGCAGCAGAGGAGGUACACGAGGAAGGAGUCGAGUCAGGUCUCUCGUACCUAUCACCACCAGUACCCGAUGCAGAACCCCGCCGGCUACGGAUUCCCCACGACGCCGGACUACCAGAAGUACUACGCGGCGUCGAGUAGUCGGCCUCCACCGGUGCCCCAGGGUCCCGGUCCCGGGAUGAUCAAGUACGGGGAUCCGGGACUGGCAGCCGCCAUACAGGACAAGUACCUCAACAAGCAGAGCCAGUACCAGACGGCCAACGGGGCCAUCAUGCAGAACGGCGUUAUGGUACCCGGUAGCAUGCCGCCCAGUCCCUACUACAAUCCGCAGAUGGCGCACACGAGUCGCGAGGAUUUCGCCUGCAAAGAAGCCAAGGAACAAGAGGCCGCAGCUCGGCUGGGCAUGAGUCUGCAGGCGAAGCACAUGUACCAGCAGAAGCUCGCGAUGCAGAGGAUGAACAUCGAGAACCAUCUGCGCGAGUUCUCGAGGAUGCCCGGCUACCAGAGUCACCCCAAGUACCAGGAGUACCACAUGAAGUACCGCGAGUGCAUCAGGCUGCAGCAGUCGCUCGAGUACCCGGCUAUGCAACCCGGCAUGGCGCAGCAGCCACAGCAGCAACAGCAGCAACCGGCCCAGUCCAUGCCGCCAAUCAAUCUGCAGUUCGACCAGAACGGGGUUUUGAUCAACUCGAGCUUGAUGCCUGGCUACAAUCCGGCAAUGCAGACGGCCAUGCCUGGGGUGCACAAUCCUAUGAGCCCCGGAGCUAAGGAUGCCUCGGCGCACUACGAUGCUGCUCGCCUAAGCAGCAGCGGCAAAUAUCCACCACCAGCACCACCAGCACCAAAGCCACCUGGAAAUCCUCAAAAUAAGCCCAUCACUCCUCCAGCAUCAGCGUCCCAAAAAAAUCCUGAAAAAGUCUCGAACGCGUUCUCAGGCAAGGCGAUGCAGGCGAUGGAACACGCGAUGGCCUGCGCCAGUCAGCAACAGCAGCAGCCGCAUCAGCACCAGCAGCAGCACGCGAUAAUGCAGCUCAGUCCCGAGCAGCAGCAGCAGCAGCAGCAUCACCAUCACCAGCAGUCCCAGCAGCAUUACCUGCCCCACCACGAGUAUCACCACCAAGUACCAGCGACGCAUCACGCUCAGCAUAUGCCUCCUCACCAUCACCAUCAUCACCACCAGCAGCAGCCGCUCGAGGACGAGGCCGAGGCGCAGCGACACAAGACCUGCAGCAAGGACUUUGCCGACAAGCCCCAGCUCGACGUUCGACAGUUCCUCGAGAGCUGGGACGAGACCGAGGAAGAGGACGCGCUCAACGGCAACCUCCAGGAUGUGAUACUAACAGACAGCACGCCGAUCGUCGUGCUGGAGUACGGCAACCUGAUCCCAUCGGCAGCCACGGCAGCUGCUCAGACAAUUUGCGUCUCGGAGCCGGCAGCAACGGAGCCAACGACCGCCGUCCUAAGCGCGGCGACGACCAAGCCGCCCGCCGAGAAGGAUCAAAUUGCCGUGGUAAACAACGACGGCGAGGUCUCGACUGCGGAACAGAUACCCACAACCGUCAACAUAAUCCGUUGCAUAACGAGCGCGGACGACGUGCCGACUAUCCACAUCGUCGAUACGCUCGAGAACGAGGCGGUGGUGAAGAAGAUCGAAGGCGCGUUCCACAGCCUCAACCCCGCCGACAUAAAAAGCAUCGAGGAACUCGUCAACAAGAGCAGCGUGACGAGCAGUGCGACCGGUAACAAGGAGGAGAGGAUCUCAUUGUCUUUCCUCAACGCCGCGACGAUUCUCCAACAGCCCAAGGAAGCCAGCGAGAAGAGCCCCGGUGGAGUCGCUAAUGACACCGCGGGCACAUCGAGCAAACCUGCAGCCAACGAACAGCAACAGCAGCAGCCGCAGUCGAGCGAGAAGAAAAACCAAGUCGCCGCAGCGGAGAAGAACAGUGGCUUGAACCUUAGUGACGCAACCUUCGUGAACGAGGACACGCGUAACCACGAUGACCUGAGCCUGCCGGAAUUGCCCACGUCGGAAUGUACGCCCAUAUCCACGACCCUCAAUACGCCGAACCACUCGGACAACGAGGAGUCUUCGGAGCGCGUGCGCGUCAUGAGCCUGUCUACCAACUCGAUGGAGAUCAUGCCCAGCAGUCCCAUCAUCAGUUUCGCGCACUCUCCCAUCAAGUUCCAGAAGACGUCGGGCAGCGACGAGCUGCAGUUCGACUUUCAGAACUCCAACGAGGCCUCGAACGCCUCGGUACUGAAGGAUGCUAAAGAGUCGAAUAAAGGCAACCAGGAUGCCAAGUCUCAGUCGCAGUCGGCAAAGGACGUCGCUACAACAAGUGUUUCCCAAUCUCAAGGCCAACACUGCAGCUCGGUCAUUGAGACGGCGGUCUUUUCAUUCUCCGAGUUCUCCAAUUCGAAUUCCCUUCAACUUGGCGAAGAGCCAAAAAUGCCGGCUCCUCCUAUGGAGGACAACUGUCUCACCAAUAUCAUUAAGGACACACCGCCUAUAACGGAUUUGCGAGUCUUGGAAUCCGACGACGACAUCGUCGACAAAGUCAAUGAUAUUUGGAUGGACAUCAAUCUGGAAAACAGCCUCAGCAAUAGUUCCAGCAGCAAACUCGGCUGCAGCGAAGAGAAACACGCGCAAACGGACAAACUAAGGAAAAUUCGUAAAACGAGUUUGAGGCAUUUUCGCAAAAGCAAAGGAGGAAUCAUUGCCAUCGAGCAGCCGACGAUAGCGGAAAAAUCGAGAGACUCGAUAACCAUGAUACCUUCGACAAUGCCUACACCAACCCCAACUCCGAGUUCAACGCCCACUCCAACGCCAACUCCGACACCUGCUCCAACUCCGAUUCCAGUUACGAUGGAGGUUGUUCAAGAACCAUCUAUCGUAACGAAAACGCUGGAAAAGGAGAGAGAAACUCGAAAAUCACUCGACUCGGCUCUGAAAACCGCAGUCACGGAUAAGCCAAAGAAGAGGGCUAAGUCUGUCGAGCUCGACGUCAGUAGUAAUCCGGAUCAGGAAGGGCUACUGAAAGAGUUUCAAGAUCUCAAGAGGAAACGAAGCAUUGGCCAGAUACAGGACCAAAUCGCGAUGCUCAAGUCGAGCAUAGACGAGCUCAGGAACUUGAACCACACUGGCAACAAUAACAGCGGUGUAACUAGUAGCAGUGCUAAUAAUAACAAUGUGAAUAUAAAUAAUAGUGCAAAUAACAAUAAUUUGGAUAACAACGAUCGCGACAAUAAUGUCGUUUAUAAUAAACCAAGUUCAGAUGACAAUAGUUCGUUUAAGAACGCUUCGUUACCAAUGUUACCCGAUACCAAGUCUAGCGGCAGCUCCAGGCGUAGUUUCUCCUCGAUCUUCGACGAGCCUUCGGAAACUAGUCUCGAAAAAGUUCCGGAAGAGUCGAGCUCGAGGCAGUGCGUCGACUCAGACAUCAAGAUUCAGUUAUCCAACGUCAAUCUGCAGUUCAAAGAUAAGAAAGAGACGAACAGCGGCAGUGUAUGCAACACUUCUAGCUCGAAAGAGGGUAUCAAGAUCGAAAUAAAUGUUUCGCGAGUCGAGAGUCAGCGAUUGCACGACAACGAGGUCGUCAGCAAGUCCAAUCAGCACCUCAACAUCUCGCUACCGCCCACGAGUCCAAUGAGCUGCAAAGUCGACUGUCACACAUCCAUAUCCACCACCGAAAAUGAGAAAGAGACUGUGAAGCUCGACCGUGCCCUGCCUGCGAAAGAAGUGAUCGAGGAGAAGGCGGCGCCGAUCAUCGAACUCGACAAAGAGGAUGUCAAAUUGAUCGCCGAAGAACCUAAAGUAACAAUCGUUGAAGAGCCUCAAGUAAUCGCCGAGGUUCAGAAGCCUACUGUCAAAGAUUCUAAAAUUAUUGUCGAGGAACCUAAAGUGAUCGCCAAAGAGCCGAAAGUGAUCGCCGAAGAGACCAAAGAAGAGGAGAUGAUCCUCACCUUCGUGAACAAGAACGCCGAACUCGAAGACAGCAAGUGCCUUACCUUAGAGAAUAAAGCUGUCAGCGGUAAAAAUAACGUUCAAGUUGACGAUUCAUUGCUGAAAAAGCUCGAGAAGAAGGAAUCUGAUAUCGAGAACGCGCUGAAGAAGCUCGACGAGUGCCGUCGUGACUCCAUCCACGAAGAGAAAGAAGUUGCCCCGCCAUCUAAGGAGCCUGAGUUCUUUCAAAACAAGAAUUUCGUUGAUACUCCAGCUCCCGGCUGCUCCAAGGAUCUUGACUUUGACAACUUCGACGUCGAGCCUUUUGACGACAAGUCCGACGACUAUCUCAAAGACCUGCUUCUAUCCAGCGACAGCAAGGAUCAUCAUCGUAGCAACAGCAGCAGCAAGACUGUCGGAUACUUCAACCCGCUCUUUCAUCUGGACGAGCUUGAGAAUCUCAACACUGUUCCUGUAUACACGACGAAAGACGGAAAGAUCACGUACAGUCCCAAUCCAAACUACACGUACAGAGCGCUAAUCAUCGAAGCCAGACAGCGCGAAGGCCACCAACUGUUUCGUGACUUUUACGAUAGCAAGAGUAAUAGUGGCAGGAGAAGCAGGCAUUACAGCUCGUCCAAGUCGCAGGAUGUCGACAACGUCAAGAAGCAUGGAAAAUCCUCUCAUCACAAGUACAAAUACGAGGGUAAAAAAGAGAAGUACAACGAAGACGUCUCUGUGUUAAGCUUCGAAAAUUGCAUAGCCAAUGAAAAUCUUGCGAUAGCGAAUAAACGAGUGGACGACGAGCCAGUCAAAUUCGGCACUCAGCGUCAAGACAGUGUUAAGCACCUGGAAGACAUGUUCGACACUGAUAUAGACUCUAUGAUCAUCGAUAAUAAGUCUUAUAAAAGUGGUCUAAUGGAUAAACAAGAAACUGCCAUAAUGGAGAACGAUAGACUUUCUCCAGUCCCACUGACGCCUCCACCGAUAGUAUUAAGAAACGAUUGCGCAGACAAGGAGCUGCCGCUGCUGGACGACGAACCGGAGAGAAGAGAAGCGGACCACAGUACCAAGAGCAUGAACAGGUGCAUCGUCGAUCUGCAGAACCUGAAGGAAGACAUACUGAAAAAACUGAACGAUCAGGUUCCAGCCUGCAAGCCACGCGUCCAAGAGUUCGAGCCUGAAGUGAGCAUGUGUGACUCUGCGGAGAUUAAAGAGACAGAGGAUGUGAGUGAGAAUCGCGAUGCGGUUAGUGAUAAAGAAAUGGAAAGUGAUGUUCAAGUGCCUAAGGAAGUGACGAGUGUUGUGCAACAAGACGAUUCUAAAGUAGAACUCUAUGAUGAUUUAGUGACUAAGAUCGAGGAAAAAGUGUCGGAGGAGCUCCAAGUUCCUGAGGAACCAAAAUCCGAUCAAAAUGAUCCGAUUCAAGUUCCGUCUAAGUUAGAGAAAGAAAAUCCGACGGAGAUUCCUACGAAAGACGUUGUUGAGGUGACAGUAGUGCAACAUGUGAUAUUGAAAACUACCGAGCCCGAGUCGACGAAAGUAGAUAUCGCGCAGGAAGCUCAAAUAGCAGAAGUUCCGAAACCAGCUGAAACGAAAUUUAUCAGCAUUGAAGACGAAAUUCGAGCGGAAAUAGCCGAGUUGGCUAAACCAUUCGAUCUGGAAAUGAAUAAAGAAGAGGAAAUCAAGGUGUCCGAAUCUGUCAAGCAGGUUGAGAAGGAAAUUAAAAUAUCGGAGCCUUCUGAUCCGGCCAAGGAAACGGAUAGCAAAAUUUUGCAACCUUUGGAGCCGGAAAAAAUCGAGGUUAAAUCUCCUAAGCUAGAAAAAUCGAACGAUACAGAAAGUAAAAUGCCAGAACCUCUUCAACUGGCAAACAUUCAAACGAAGUCUAAGAAAUCCCCAAGUGCAAUUAUUGAUAUCGGUAGUUCGAAAACUGUACAUAUGCCGAGCGCGACUAAACACAUAAAAGAAACUCCUCAGCAGGAGGAAGUUCAACCCAAGAGUGAAAUCCACGAAAAACCAAUCAGUCCCGAGUCUUCGUUCCCGAGGUUACCCUGCUCAAUCGACAAGAGCAACUUCUCCUUCGAGUUGUGCGACCGUUUCAUCAAUCAGGAGAAAAAUCAUACCUCGCGAAAUGACGCCGUGGCCAAGACCGUUCCUAAAUUAGUUCUACGAAAGAGCGAGACGAAUCCCAAGUUCUUCUCCAAGUCCAUGUCCAUUGACAACAGCAAUCUCGAAGACCUGAAAAAAGACAUUCCAGAAGCAACGAGCUUGAAGAGCCCGGUGCAUCCGAAAAUUCCGAAAAUGAUAAUCCGCAACGCCAAGUCUCGACCGUCCACUCCGAGCAUCGAAGAGAUAUCCGAGAAUUCGUGUUCAUUCGUCGCCAACGAUUCCGGCGAGCAAAAAAUGAACCUCAAGGUAAAGAUUCGUCUGGACGAGAAAGGCGAGCCUGUGGGACGGGGUAACUGUCAGAACUCCUGCGACUCCACCGAAGCCAAGGUUCCCAAAAUGAAGAUCAAACUCGAAGAGAAUUUGCCACGUGUGGUCAUCGAAAGCAUCGACCCCAGCAGCCUCGACCAGUUGAAGACGGUACCAAAGAUGAAGAUCACUAAUGUCAAAGGUUCUCUGCCAAAGAUAAAGGAGAAGCGACCGCUCGUAAUCGAGGAUGGCAAAUCGGAUGCGUAUCACUCGCUGACGGAUAACGAAUGCUAUCGGGUGAGGGAAAAGUCGCGCUCCAAAUCAAAGAAGGACUCGCCGGGCUACUGGUCGUCCUCGGAAUGCUCCCAGAAGCGCAGCAGCUCGUCGAGUUUCGUCUCUCACUCGAAAAAGGUGCGGCGUUCACCCAAGGAGGAGGUGCACUUGGAUCCAAACUUGGAGGACACGCAGUUCAUGCUGGACGAGUACCGGCAACAGAACAACAGCAACAGCUGCAGCAGCGUCUCGACCAAGGUGCCCAAGGUGAUCAUCAAGAGAACGUCGCCCAGUGCCGAGUUCAAGUGCGAACUGAGCAAAGAGGCUAUCGUGAAUCAACAGCCCCAGGUCGUGCUCAGGAGGUCUUGGGUUCUCGAUUGCAUGGCCAAGGAUCUCAGGCACAUGAAGCUCGUGGUGAAGGUGGCCAACAGCAAGAGACAGGAAGCCAAGCGGGAAGCGAAGCCCGAGUCUAACGAGAUGCAGUGGAAGAGGUUUAUAUCUGGACUGAAGAAGCGUCGCGAGCUGUCGAGAUCCAACUCCACCUCGGAUCUGUCUCCGCCAAAGAUCAAACGUCGAAGGACGUCGGACUACACAAUCGGAACACUCGACUAUUCAGACUCUGAUUCUAGCACGAGAUUCGACUUCGCGAAAAACAAAUACGAGGAAGUUGAGCAGCAAAAGCUUACACGCAGGUCGUCGCUGAAUCUCGCCUCGGAAGUGCGGGCUUUCAGCGCAGCUAAAACUUGCUGGAAAUCGCUGGACGAGAAUAUGAAUAGCAAGAGUAAGAUGGACUUCGAAAACGACGAGAGGCUGAACACCAACGUCGCCGUUGAUAACAAGAAGCUGGAGACGAUUCCCGAAGCCAGCAAUUCGUACAGUUCGGAGUUCAGCCACGAUGCGAACAACAAAUCCGCUAACGAAAAGAGCGAAGAAAGCAGUUUGAACGAAAUACACGUACCGCUGGAGAUGGAGGAAGACGACAGCGAGAUUCUCGACAAAGACGUAGACGUGCACGAAGAGGAAAUCGACGGCACGAUGGACGACUUCGAGACGAACGAGAGCUCCGUUAUCAAGCUCGAUUCGUCGGAUGAGAGUCAGACGACGAUAGAGAUACUGCCAGCUUCGCCGGAACAGGAGCUUGACGUAGAACAGCACAAGAAGGACAUUGAAGAGGAAGAGCAGAUUUACAGCGAGGACGCGAUGCCUAUGCACUUUGAGUACGAACUGGAAGUCGGUGCCAGUCCUGUCGAUCCUUUGGAAGUGCCCUUGCCUGGCUCCGAAGUUGAGACAGACAAGUCGUCGAGUUCUAUCGAGAGCAAGCAGAUUCCUGGCAUCUUGAUACACGAACAAUUGGCCAUAGAAGACAAUCUAUCAGGCAACACGUCCCUCAACGAAGAAAUAGCUCAACCGAUGCCCAUCGACUCGGACAUCCCCGAAGAGAACCCCUCGAUCAAAUCGGAAAAUUCGACCUCCAAUUCUUGCCCCGAUCCCAGCAGUGUCCCGCCUCUAAUGAGAAUAGUCGAUGAGGCAUCGUCCACAAGUACUAGCCUCAAUAACCCCCUCUCUCUGAAGAGCGAGGACAUGGUCGAUAACGUCAAUUCGUCAUCGAACUCGCACGAGACAACGAUGACAACAACUACGUCGACGACCGAAGAGGAAGAGGAGGAUAAGAAUUUGAAACUUGGCGCUGGCGCCAGUACAGCUUGCUCGUACUCCGAUCUACUAGUCAAAGAGGUGCUCGCCGCGAAAGAGACGCUAAAGAAGUACCUUGGCAAUCUGACUUCCGAUGGUAACCGAUCCAACAGCUCGCCGGUCACGUCGAGGCCGAAAUCGAAGACUGAGACGAAGCAUCAAGGCAGCACCAGCUAUGAGAUGAGCAGCCUUGCAAAGUAUGGCAGAUCGACCAAGUUUAGGCACAGAGAUAAAUGGAAUCGGCUUAACGGCAAGUCCCGUAGCAGCGAUGUUCGAGCCUCGCGCACUUCCUCUUCCAAUGAUCCCGACAAAGACUCGUCCUCCAAUCACACCGAUAAAUCCUCGCACCGCAAGCAAGCCUCCGCAGAACUCGAGAAAACCAAAAACGAGACUACCAACGGUAACAAGUCAUCCCAGUCGAAAUCAUACAAGAUUCCUAGGCUAUCGAAGACACAAAUGGACGAUUCAUUAACGCACGCGGUUGAGGAAAAUCUGCGGCAAUCGCGCGAACGCGAGAAAGCGGACGAGAGCAAGGCCGAGAUGAUAUCGGAAAUAAAUGCACGAGCUCCACAAGCGAUGAUAACGAUGGGUCAGAGCACAAACGAAGCCAACGAUCUCGCCGAAACGCAAGCGGUUAAGAGGGUGGAAAAUGUGAUAUCAAGAUCGGACGAGUCGAAUUUUGCGACAAAGGCCAAAGCCUUACAGCUCAAUCCCGAAAUGACUAUAUCGAAUAUCGUCAGAGAGCUGGUCUUUCACGAUAAGGCGACGAUAAGGCACCGAAGGUACUGCAUGCUGUGCGAGCGCUGGUUCCCGUCAACUCUACGGCAUCGACGCCACUUGGCGGGUUAUCAGCAUCGGCAUACAGAACUGACGCAGCGCCGGGCCAUACACAUGCUGUUUCUCAUCUUUACUGGGAAUCUCUGUCCCAAGCUCCUACCUCCACACGUCGUGAGAACCGACUGUGUGCCCGGCGAACUUACGCCCCUACAGAUAGCCGUACAGGACUUUGCAUCGGUGUUUGAUGGGGCGCAACAGAUUCUUGGCAAACAAAACAACGAGACUAAAGAAUAAACAAGAAAAUCGACGACAAGUAAAUGUAGCGGCACUCUAGUUUUUUGAAAGUAUUUGCAGUGGAUUUUCGCACCACGUAUACAAAGAAACAAGGUAAACUGGUUCUGGAUGCAACACUAGACAGGGUUAAACUAACAUGGGUAUAUAUGCGCGCACCCAUAAGUCACACAAGUUAGUUCUUUUUUAGCCAAAGACAUUUUAGAAUCAGGAGGGGGUAGAUUAUUUAUACAUAUAGAUAUUAUUUACACAUUAGAUUUUAUUUUCGAGUCACUUGCGCUCGUCACGAAGACGAAGUAGGGCGCCUUCGAUUUGUACAAAAUGAUAAAAAAAAAUCACAAAAACCGUUGUCGUUUUUCGAUAGAACGAUUUGCGGCUUAAUAUUACCAUGUCGUUUAUUUAUGAAAAUAAAUGAUUAUAAUAGUAAAAAAA